AUGAAGGCUGCAUCGGCGUUGACCAGCAGCUCGAUUGCGCACCCGCGAAGAGCAAUCAGUCACAUACGCACGUAUAACUGGCCGCCGCUUCAGCUCAACUUUUGGAUCUUUGUCAUGCUCAUCUCGUCUGCGAGCAUCGUCGGAGUAUUUUCCACCUUUGUUCAGAUACAGCUGCAGUUGAACCUGCCAAUACCGUGGUAUUUCCCUUACUAUAUUACGGUUGGAUGCAUUGCCCUUCUCUUUAUUGGCGGGAUAUUCUGGCUCAUCGCCAACCGCCGCCUAUUACCGGCCAUUGUCAUGAUUGGCGCCUUUGUGCUCUUCGUCAUGUGGCUCGUAGGACUGGUUGUCGUGUCUGUACAGCUUUGGGGACCAGACGGCUCUAUACAGAGUACUUGCAGUCUACAGGUGUUCAAUAGAAAUCCUCAUGGACUUAAUCAAGAGACUUUGGCUUGGCUGCAACAGAAGAAUAUAUGUCAAUCUUGGCACUUAAUAUUUGCUAUGGGAUUAACCGGCUUAGUCUUCUUGGUCUGGGUUAUGAUUAUGGCAUACCAGGUGUUUGUCAACUCAUAA